CUAAAAUCUAAAAUUCUGUUUAGAUUGUUUUUCUUGUUCUUUUCUUUUAUGUACACAUCUCUCGAUAUCUUAUGCUGCACGAGAGAUCAGAAGGAAAGUAAGUAAGUUUAGUCGAGUAAGAGAAAGAUGGAGGAACACACACGGGAAACGUGAAGUUUGUGCCGAAUCACCGCUGAAAUUCCAUCAGAGUUAGCGAUUCUUAGAGUUUGAGAAAAAUUCAGCAAACGGUAGAACGGGAGGUGCAGGAGCAGGAGUAGGAGCAGGAGUAGGAGCAGGAGUAGGAGCAGGAGUAGGAGGGAAAGGGAGUAUAGCAAAGAGAGAGGCAAAAAAUGGAGAAAAAAAGAAAUAAAAGAAAUAAAAAGCGAAUAGGGGUUGGAUUUUUGCCCUCCCUACCUUUCGGGGGGGGGUGGUGGGUAAAAGGGUGAUGGUUAAUCGGGGGAUGAGAUUGAUCCCCCUUGGCACAUGCGCCAACUCGCGCGAGCGCAUUGCCCAACCAGAAGAACACAGGGCAGGGGCGUGCUCUCGAUAGGCGGAGUCCACCUUACCAACCUCUCCGAAUAUCCUAACUGAGUUUCUAUAGUAGUACGGGGGGAUUUACUUGUUCGGCAAGUUUGUCUCUUGGUACACAACUAUAGUGGCCAGUGGUAGGGGCAUGCUCGAGGAUGCCAGUCUUCUCCGAGACACGGAUCCGGACAGGAUACUUUGCUGCUAUUUUCUCUUCUUCGUUGAAUCGCGACUACAACUUGUUUUCAUUUUUUUCUUCACUUUUUUCUUCACUUUUUAUUUUCUUCAAUCCUAUUCGAUAUUAAUUGAAAAGGUGAAAUUUGCUUUGUGAAUGGCAACUAUUGACAGUGAAAAGAUGAAACCGAAGCUUGACGAUUCGUGACCCUUUUUUUUUAUUGACGGAAUAAAAAAUGAAGGCCGAAUUGGAAAUCGACAGCGAGUGUUCGGAUAGCAUGAUCUGUUCUACCAACAACAACAACAACAACAACAAUCAUAAAAAUAUUAUCAGUGCCAAUAAUAAUAACAACAAUAACAACAACAACACUCAAAAUCACAAUAAUAACAUUAACAACAACAGCAACUGCAACAGCAACAUCAACAACAAUCAUGGGCCUGGUAAGAAAGGAAACAAUGCAAACGCAUUGUCGAAGGGUACUAUUAUGGUUGGGAGUGGUAUUGAUGUUAAAGAAAAUGGUCAACAACAGGAUAACAUGGAAAUGGAUUGUGGCGGUUGCGGAGAAAGUGUCCGAGAACGUAUCGUUCUAUGUGUUGGGGAUCGAACGUGGCACUCGAGAUGCCUCAAGUGUUGCGCCUGUGCCAGACCCCUGCAUGAUCAACACUCCUGUUUUCUUCGGGGGAUGAGACUCUAUUGUCGACAAGAUUAUAAUUUAACGUUCGGUGCUAAAUGUGCGAAAUGCGGACGAAGUGUUGGUGCGGGUGAUUGGGUUAGGAGAGCCCGCGAAAGGGUUUACCAUUUGGCUUGUUUUGCCUGUGAUGCUUGUUCGCGUCAGUUAUCGACCGGUGAACAAUUUGCUCUGUUGGAUGCUCGAUUAUUAUGUAAGGCACACUAUCUCGAUGUGGUAGAAGGCAAUAAUACAUCUUCCUCCGAAGAUUGUGAUUCUGAACACGGUGGGAAGGGUAGUAAAACGAAAAGGGUGAGAACGACCUUCACCGAAGAACAACUUUCCGUAUUGCAAGCAAAUUUUCAAUUAGAUAGUAAUCCAGAUGGUCAGGAUCUCGAGAGGAUAGCACACGUUACUGGUCUUAGCAAGAGGGUUACCCAAGUUUGGUUUCAAAAUUCUAGGGCAAGACAGAAGAAACACAGCGGAAAAAUCAAAACUCAAAUGCAUCAUUCACCGCCUAUGCAUCAUCCAACAGAAUUAUAUCCCAGUGGGGUGAACGUGGUCGGAGCCUACCUAGGUGGUUACCAAGGUGGCAGUGCCGGAAAUCGGCACGAACUUUCCUGACAACUCCAAUAAUUUAGUAUCAUAGACGUGAACUUUCAAUCUUUAUUUAUUCGACGUCAGCGAUAUACAUCGGUGCAAAAUAUUAAUAAUAAUAAAAAGAGAACAGAUAAAGAAUGAAAUGAAAUUUUUCCUAUUCUCCUUCAUCUGAUAAAAACGAAUUUGUAUGAAUUAAAAUAAGUUUAAAGAAGAAGAAGAAGAAGAAGAAGAUACGUAGUUAUAUAAGUAAACUUUCUUUGAUAUUUUUUUAUAUAAAUAGGAUUGUAAAUAAAUCAAAUGCAGCCUCUCUUCUUCCAUUCUUUAAGGAACCUCUUUUGUACAUACAAAUCUUCUAAAAUAAUGUACUAUAAUAAUAUGUACGAUAACGUUCUUGCACAUUUAUCAUUGUAAUGUUAUAAACCAUAUUGUUAAUAAUAAAAAUGUC